CACUUAGAUUUGCUCAAAUUUUUUUCAACAUAAACAAUGACUUUUGGGACCACUUUUUAGUCUGGUAAAAGUAUUUACUAAUAUUCAUUGAGAUUCUGAAGUUCUUCCCGUUUCUGUCACGGGGGUGUAUAAUGUCGUCUAAAUGCAUCUGUAGCUGGAUCUUAAUCAUUGCAGAAUAUAAAUGUACGGAAAUCCUACUUUGGUCAGGCAUUAUUAUUAAAACUCUUGACAAUCACAUGACUCUCCGUUGUUCGCGAGAAUGAAGAUUGUGCUUUACACCGCUCCGUAGUCCUUCCGUUUCAGCCCAUAUAGUGACUAAAGAUGGCGGAAGCUCCUCCAUGGCCUAGCCCUAGCCGGUUCUUCUGUCACAGAUGCUCAGCAGAGAUCAGUCCUCGACUCCCUGAGUAUACGUGUCCCAGAUGUGAGUCUGGCUUCAUUGAGGAGCUGCUGGAUGAAAGGAGUGCCGACAAUGGCUCCAUGUCCACAAUCUCCAGCGGGCCCCAGAAUCAACAACCUUUUGAGAAUGUGGACCAGCACUUAUUCACAUUCCCAUCAGGCUACGGUCAGUUUUCCCUCAGCGUUUUUGACGACAGCUUUGACUUCGGUGGGGGACUUAGACCAGAAGACAACAGGGAUGCUGAGAACCGCCGUGAACAGGAAACGGCAUCACGGCAACGAUACGGUGCUAGACAACCCAGAACUCGUCACAGUGCACGACGACAAACCGGGAGGCAUGAGGGAGUUCCUACUUUAGAAGGGAUCAUUCAGCAGUUAGUAAAUGGAAUAAUUGCACCCACUGCAAUGCCAAAUAUAGGUGUGGGACCCUGGGGAAUUCUUCAUUCAAAUCCUAUGGACUAUGCCUGGGGGGCCAACGGCCUUGAUGCUAUUAUAACACAGUUAUUAAACCAGUUUGAGAACACGGGUCCCCCGCCUGCUGAUCGGGAUAAAAUCAAAAGUCUUCCUACAGUUCAGGUCACCGAUGAGCAUGUUGCCUCUGGACUCGAGUGCCCGGUGUGCAAAGAAGAUUACUGUGUUGGAGAAAAUGUGAGGCAGCUCCCGUGUAAUCACAUGUUCCACAAUGACUGCAUAGUCCCCUGGCUGGAGCAGCAUGACACGUGUCCGGUGUGCAGGAAGAGCUUAAGCGGGCAGAACACGGCAACAAACCCUCCAGAUCUAUCAGGGAUGAACUUUACCACCUCCCCUUCAUCCUCCUCCUCCUCCUCCUCCUCCACCCCUCAGUCAUCGACGUCCACCAGCAAUGAGAAUUCCACGGAUAACUCAUAGACAGGGUUUUGGUUGUGCGUCCCUGUGAGUUUCCAGCUCCGACCGAGUCUCCCCCAUGCGAGGCUGCGGCCCUCCCCCCAGCAUCUCGCUACAACAACCCGGCCCGAUGCAGGGGGAAGCGAUACAUCUCGCUAUGUAUCUCUGGUGGUUGCUGUGCCCCCACCUUCAUCAGGAAUGUGAACAGUGGAAGGGCGGAGGCCGGGAAUGCGACCUCCGACAGUGAAGAUGUGGAGAAGCACGGACCCUCGGUGAGGAUCGGUUUGCUUGAAGCCCCUCACAAGGAGAGAAAAUGAAAAAAAAAAUCCAAAGGUAGAAGACUAGAAACAACACAGCAAGCGAUUAAUCAUUUUCUUUAUUGGAAGGGGGCUCACUUUUGGCAGUGGUGCAGAAAAACGUGGUUCUUCUUUUUUUGUUUUAAGGCAGUUAGAUCUGGCAGAGUGGUUACGUGCAUCAUCAUCCUCUGAACUUUGUUUCCAGUCCCUGAUUUCAUUACUUUGUUUUAAAGACCCAUUUGAUGUUUUUAGAUGACCUAACCGAUACCAUUGUUUCCACUAGAUCGCAUUUAUUUUUGUUUAAGUUACAUUUGCAAAUUGCAAAAUGAAUCUAAAAUGUAAUAAAAGCAUUCAACUUUCUCAGAUUGCACCUGGAAAAACGUCACAGCAUUUUAGUUGGACGACAGCUUCUGAAAUUUCUAAGACAAAAUUAAUUAUUUUCCUUACUAAACCGUUUUGAAAUGAAAUCAUUGGGUGCUCAUUGCACGUCUGUUAUGGCCAUGAUGCUUUUUAGAUCAGCUUUUUGGAGCGUGAUCACAGUCAAAUCUGUGGAAAGAUAGCCCGCUCAAACAAAUCAAUAGAAAACAUGCUUUUAUGUAUUUAUUUUCUGAGGGCAGGAUUGUUUUCCACUCUAAUGGUGUUUCUUUUGAUGCAUUGCAGAGCUGCACAGCAGCUGGGAACAAUAAACACUUUAGCGAACA